UUGUCACCGACAAAGAAAGUAAUUUACAUGUCAGAGACAACAAAGGAAUUAUAGUAAUAGAAAGUUGUGAAGGUGUGCCACAGAUUGUGGCAAACCACUCAUCGUUGUAGAAUAGCCUCCGCGUUUACCCAGCUUCCUACGCACAACAGAGAAAACAAAGAAACAGAGAGAAAAAGAAAGCCAUAGACGAAGACCAAGAAACAGAGACUUAGCACAAAGAGAUAGAGAGAGAGAGAGAGAGAGAGCGAUCUUUGAUCGAAUUUCCCCUUGAAAUAAACCAUCUUUCCCUAUCUGAUAUCUUUCUUCGUCACCCAAUUCUCAUUCCCGCCAAUUCAUCAAGAUCACGCUUCUUUCAGAUCCAACUUUCCCAUUUCACACGCAAACAAACAAAACUAAACCACACCCAUUUUCUAUUUUUGUGAAAUUUCACGUUUAUACACACAUACAAACACAAACACAUGCAUAUUAACACAACCCAUUUGGCAUUUUUCAAAUUCUUGUGAAGUACACAUCUUUACAAUCCAAUAGAUUCCAAUUCAGAAGCUUUGAUUCACAAAAAAAACAAGAAUGGACGAGUUUGGUGUCUUAACCGAGCGGUUUGGAUUGAAGCCUCAAGGUAAAGCUGCUCCAAUGGCCGCUUCGAAACAACCCACAAGUUCAAGCAAUGCCCAGACCCAGAAUUUCGGAUUCAAUUCGGGUCAAAACCCCAAACCCUCUUCCUCUUCGUCCAGAUCCUCCCUGCAUUCAAAUUCUGCUUUUGGGUCUUUCCUCGAUGAUCAAAAUGGAAUCUUUCAAUCCAACGGCGAUUCCAAAACCCAGAAUUUUGGUGGCUUUGAUGAUUUGUUAUUCGGGGGACCUGGUAAAUCCACAAACCAAUCUAAUUCGUUCGAUUACGAUUCGAUAUUUUCGAAUAAUUCGCAUGGGAAGCCUUCGACGGUGCCUAUUUAUGGUGUUGAUGAUGUGUUUGGUGGAAUGCCUGGCUCGAAGAGCUCUGCUUCGGCUCCGAAUAAUGAUGAUGUGUUUGCGUCGUUUGCUUCAAUGUCGAAGCAGAGUGCUCCCAUUGAUGAUUUGUUUGGUAAUUUGGGUGCAAAAUCGAAGAGUGCGAGCCGGAAUGGAUCGGUGAAGAAUGCCAAUGGUUUUGAUGAUUUGAUACCUGGAUUUGGUGGAAGUAGUCCUCCGAAUAUCGGGACAAAUGCUAGGGCUAAUCAGACUCAGCGAUCAUCUAUUCAUUCAACUAAACCGGCCUUCACUUCAGAAGACCCCUUUGUAAUAUUAGAAUCAACUUCAACCACUGCAUAUACUUCCUCAGAACUGUUCUCAGAUCCACUUGAAGAAAUAAGUAAGCUGAGUAAAUCUGGUGGCACAAAACUUGGAGUUUCAUCAAAUGCUAUCCCGUCAUUGAGGCCUCCCCCAAAACCAAUGCAAGUUUCAAAGGCAGAUAAAGUUAAGAACUCAAAUGUGUCUUCAAUUGACGAACUUGAGGACUUUGCCAUGGGUAGGGUGCGUAAUAAAGCUGGUGAACGGUCAGAGGUAUCCACUAGUAAAAAAGUGGUAAAGAACUCAGCCACCAAAUCUAGUAGAUAUAAUGAAGCUGUAGAUACUUCACACCGUAAUCAGCAAAGGGGUGGAGAUGAUCUAGAGUCCUUUUUCAGUUCAGGUUCUAGAUCAAGCAGUGUACCAAGAUCAAGGGCUACAACUUUGGACCCUUUAUUUGAUGCAUCAAUAUACAAGAGAGCCCCUGAAGUGCCCCAGAGGAAGCCUUCAGGGUCCUCAGUCAGCAUAAAGAAGUCUCCUUCUGCUUCAUUCAUAAAUGAUGACCUUUCAUCCAUUUUUGGAGAUGCUUCAUUACUUGGAGAAUUUCAAGAGGUUGAAGGGGAAAGUGAAGAAAGAAGAAGAGCCAGAUUGGGGCGUCACCAAAGGACCCAGGAGCGCGCGGCAAAAGCUGUGGCUGAUAUGAACCAGCGUGACUUUCAAACACAGCAGGAGCAAGAAGAGAGGCGUAGGAUUUCUGAGACGGUAGACAUAAAAAUAAAGAGCUGGGCGGCAGGAAGAGAAGGCAAUAUGCGUGCACUGCUAUCAUCAUUGGAACAUGUGCUUUGGCCUGAAUGUGGUUGGCAGCCAGUGUCUUUGACAGAUAUGAUUACCUCUGCCUCGGUUAAAAAGGUUUACAGAAAGGCAACAUUAUACGUUCAUCCUGAUAAAGUUCAGCAAAAAGGUGCCAGUCUUCAACAAAAAUAUACUGCAGAGAAGGUUUUUGAUAUCCUUAAGGAAGCUUGGAACAAAUUCAAUAAAGAAGAACUUUCUUAGAUAGCUCUGGUGAAUCAUUCCUUUUCAGGCCACACGGGUUAGCAAAUAAGUCUCAUAUUGGUGAGGAAGAUGUAUGUGCUUUACCAUUAGAAUGGAUUUUGCAGGUUUGAAAAAGCUGUGGGCUGAGUUCUGCUUACUGUCAUUCCCUAAGAAACAUUCUUCCCCUAGCUGCAGGAAUGCUUGAUAAGGUGGUCUUAUGAGUACUCCCUCUCACAGCAUGUGGAACCCAUACAUCUGAGUCCCACACCAUCUCACUAGAUACCACCUCGAUAAAAUGUACUUAAAUAUCAAGUAAAGUAAUGUUGAUACAGAAAUUUGUAGGUUUCUAGGAUUUUCGAGGUUUACUGGGUGCAUCCCCAUUGAAAUUCAAUCAGCCAACAACCAUUUUGACGCAAGGACCCUUCUUCCACUCCCCCUCCUCUCUCUGGUGGUGUGGGGAUAAUUACUUUGCCAUAAUGUUGUUAGCAUUUGUUUUGUGGUUGUUAUUUAUUGAGUAGAUAGAUACAUGUUAUUAAUUUUCAACACGUGUCAUUUAUUCAAGACGUUGAACAGCCAAUCGGCCAUUGGGCUUAUGGUUUA